AUUGAAAAUUAGGCACAAAGUUUCCUAGGUAUACAAAAUAGAUAUAUGUAGAUGUUGAUAUACAAAAUUAGCAUCAUUUGUUUUGCUUUCGCAUGUUCUGCGGCGGAGAGGAAAAACAAAGCUUGUGUGAAAAAUAAAUAAAUAAUAUAGGUAUACUUUGCAAAUUGAAUAACACAGAGCCCAUCGAACGGGGAAUACGUAUUUGUCCCACGUGCCCCCACAAAUAUCAAAUGACAAUAAACGAGAACGAAAACGUUCCACUACUCAUACAGAUAUACACACAUAGAUAACUAUGAGUAUCUCACGUAAGCACUUGAUAAAUUUAAUGUGUUUUUCCUUUUCAUUUUGGCAACUGUACAAAUUUUUUCUACAUUUUGCUAAUCUAACAAAAUUUCUUUUCUAUGUACAUAUAUUAAUAUACUGUAAGGUGAAUACAACAAAAUGAUUAGCGGGAGAGGAAGAGUGGAAAUUCUGGAACCUUCACAAAUCAUUGCUAAAAACCAAAAACAAGAUAAUCAAAAUGUUUACGCGGUGCCAAGGAGAGGGCUUAUAGCCGUAGCCCGGGUCUAUGAUAAGAUACGGGGAAAUGGAAUGGCAAGAUCGCAAUAAAAAGUGCCGGUUCCAGUUCCCGUCCGUGGCCUUUCGCGACGCAAUAUGCGGAAUUCAGAAUACUUAAUACAUUAUAUUGUCGUAAUCGGAAUCACCGUAGGGGCGUGUCAGUCGUGUGACUCAGACGUCGGGUGCGAUAAUCAACUGGGGAUGAUAUUAUAUAAGGGCACCUGAUAAGACCUCUUCGAUUCCGCUGAGCCACUAUGAUGGUUAGAGAGUGCUCUCCGCGGCAUAUCGUCCAUUGAACUGCGUAGAUAGUUCUGGGAAAUCAACAAGUUGGUGGGCAUAAACAAUCCAUUUAUAACACGCAAAGCCCUAUUUGUAUAGCCUGCCAGUUCUGCAAAUACAGCUCGACGGGAAGCCAAUGAUUCUGCAGAGGUUGCAUUUUAGGGGUCCCAGUAGUUCUACGAGUCUCCAAGUUUCUGGUGAAUGAUGUUGGCGGUUAUGUAAACCUGGUGGUCCGCUAAGCAAGCAACACAGAUGUGUGGAAACGAGAUGGGGAUAGGAAUUAACGUCAGCGGAGGAGAGAGUGAGAUAGCGACUGAGAGUGGGAGAGAGACGGCCAGCACCAGUGACGAAUUUUGCUGCGCCAGCAUUGUUGGCAGACUUGCUGACGGAAUAAUAGUGCUGUUAGUUACCGAUUGCCAGAUAUAAAAAGCUAAACUUCCCAGUGGGACUUAAAACUAAAAGGCUAAUAAGUCAUUUACACGGAAACGUAACUUUUGUGCAAACGAAACUGGUUAGCGUAAAGGAACUAAAAUGUUGAUAUUUAUGGAUUACAAUUUCUGUAAAGAUGACUGUAGGGCAGUGCAAUUCAAGUACUCCUGCCCCAAGUGCAAUGCCCUUUAUUGCAGUGUGGGAUGCUACAAAUCCAAGGAGCACCUCAAAUGUUCAGAAGAGUUCUACAAAUCCUGCAUUCAGGACGAGCUAUCUGGAGCCACUGUAACGCAAGAAAGCCAGGAGGACGUCCGAAAAAUAUAUGACAUAUUGAAAAGGAUGCGGGAAACGGACGGCGGCUUCAAUCCCCAGGACUUUGAUACAGAUGGAUUGGAAAAUCCUUUGGACUCAGAUGGAGGCGAUGAAGCAGAACUAGGAGAAGAUGAGGGAGAAGAAGAUCCCGCAGGAGAAGAUCCACUCGAAGAAGACUUCGAAGAAGACAUUGCAGCUCGUCUUAAAGGUGUUGAUAUCAACGAUGCUGAUGAAGUAUGGAGCCGGCUAACCAUGGAAGAGCAAGAAGAGUUCCAGAAACUGAUCACCAACGGCGACAUCAUGAAGCUUAUGCCAGACUACAAGCCGUGGUGGAACAAGCCGAAGAACUCUAAGAUUGUGGUUAUUCCCACUCCCGAAGAGACUGCAAAAACAGACAGCUCUGUGCCCGAAAUAUACGGAAAUAUUGCCAAAUUCUCGGAUAUAUGCAAGAAGACGCCUUCGCCCUGCCUGCACUACAACCUGUGGAACAUCCUAAGCGCCUACGCCUGUGUGGCUCGCUUUUUUGGCGGAGAACAGCGAACCAAUGCCAGCGAAGCGGUGGCCCAUCUGGUGAAUCUCAGCGCCACCUUGAAGUACGGCACCAACUUUGAGGAUGCUGAGGACGCCAUUGUCUCUGUAGAGAUGGAAGCCAUCACAACGGGCAACGGUCCUGCCGGUGCAGCUGCUGUGGGAAGUGCCGCAACAGGAACCAAUUUCCUGGUGGAAAGCAGGGAGCAACUGCAGCAGGAUGCCCGGCAGUUGAUGGCUACAAGGGACCACAAAUUGGCCGCCUUAAGUGAUGUGCUAAACCUCCUGCAACAGACCAAGGCAAUGAGUCGGCGGAAGAAUCCCCAGGAAGCCGAGUUCCAGAAACUGUUCGCCCUGGCCAGCGGAAGUGUGGAACUUGAUCGCACAAAAGUCUCCCAGCUGGUGCGGAAGAUCGAGUUCAUGCUGUCGUAUGUGAAGCGGGAAGAGGACCUGUGAGAUUUCAGUCACAAAAUAUAAAUUCCGUUUUCGAAUUCCAAA